AUGACCGAAAGAUUCCUCGACGCCGACGUUCCCUCACCCUUCUCGGGCGCCACGGAUGACGCGCUCGACUUCUCAAUCCCAUUGCAGGGCCUUGCCUCUCCCGCGUCCGCCCAGGUCAAUGCCUCAACUUUGAUCCCGCGCGCGGAGCCAUUCAAAGACCAUGACGACCAUGACGACCAUGAUGCCGGGGAAGAUGACGAACUGAAGCACAACCAAGACCACACCCUCGACUUUGGCCUUGACACGGCUCUAACCUCGGCCGAGCGCCUCCUUCUGGCCCACCCUGAAGAGCCACCCAUGGCAACGGCGCCUGGCAUUGUCCACGAGCUGGAGCCCCACCCACCGCGCCAGGAGGAGCUGCUUCGGCCCAAGAUCGACCUCCUCGAGGCCCACUCGGACAUCUUUACGGGGUCCACCCUAUCGCCGAUCCCUUCUACCCCUGCAGCUACGGCCGAGAACUCGGAUGGAGGGGCGGCGACGACAUCGUCAUUGAAGCGACGAGCAUCGAGCGAACUGCCGCUGCCGACCACGUCAUCAGGCCCGGGGGCAUCGCUUCCACUCGAGCCCGAGCUCGACGCCACCUCGGACGAGCUCGAAGACUCGCCCAUGCACAGAGCGGCCAAGAGUGCAUCACAAUGGAACUCGCUUCUGCGCUGGGCCAGACAUCAGCGAGGUCCUCAGUGGGAUUACGCAACGGGCCAGUGAGUGCAUCGCGCCGCGCUUUUCGUCUUGAGCUCGGAAUGCCGCCCCUACCCUCCGACACUGACCGGCUCGCUCGCAACCCUUUACUUCAGAUACCAUGUCGACCGAAGCACUCCCGAGUACUAUGCAGGAGUUGAACGAAGUACUGCACUGUAUGUGCAACAGCUUCGUUAGAACGUCCAUCUUUUGUUGAAGAACCUGACCAGGCUUGCCCGGAUUUGACUUUCUACUCCCAACCGCUUCCCCCAAAACCAUACUCACACAACAGUGCGUCGGCCCUUCCCUCGCACAUUUCGCAUAAUGCCUCGGGUGGAGCCUCGCCUGCCUUCAGCGGCCCGGGAACGCCGGCUCACGAGGUCGCGGGCGUGUACGAUUCAGGUCGACCCAGACGAACCAGGGCGGGCGCCCGAUGA